AUGGUAGCUGGUUCUGCUGACGCUCAUUCAGCUGGUGGACAUCACGCAGCACAUGGUAGCACUGGAAAAGCAGGAACUAUCUAUCCAGAUCGUGCUCCUAAUUCAUGUGAAUUUCGUGUUCCUGAUUGGCGUUCACAAAAAGUCAAUGGAAUACCUGAAUUAGAAAGUCAUCGUUCAAAAUUAUCAAAUAAAGGACUUCGUGAUCCUUGGAUUCGAAAUCAAGUAUGGUUAUAUGAUCCAAAAGUUGGUGCUUAUCCACAAUGGCGUGUUAGUUUGCGUACAGCUUUCUUUGGUUUUCGUUAUGCAAUGGUUGCUUUAGCUACAUGUCUUAUAACAGAAAAACUUCUUGAAAAAGCUUUUCCACCAUUUCAUGGACAUAUUCAUUUAUACAAUCCGAAUAAACCGCAUUCACAUGAUGAUCAUCAUGCUGAUCAAGAUCAUCAUCAACAUCAUUAA